AUGUCUAAAAUAGAGCAAGUUGAAGAUUUAUUGAAGACGCAUAUAGGAGAAAAUAAGUCCAUCGUCGAUGUAAAGAUAGAAAAUUUGGUAGCUCCGGGAGAAAAUAAUGGGGGAGAACUUUUCAAACUAGAAAUUAUUACGCGUCAUUCAGAAAAAGGAACAGAAGAAACGUAUCAUGCAGUAGCAAAGAAAAUACCUUCAAAUGAAGUCGCCCAAAGGAUCUUCAAUAUUCAACAGACAUUCAAAGGUGAAAUAAACUUCUACGACAAAGUUGUACCGGCUCUUCAGAACUUUCAGCGUGAAAAUGGAGUCAAGAAUGUUCUGGAUUGUUUUGCAAAAUUUUACGGAGCUAGAAUAAAUUUGGAUGAGAACAGUGAAGUUGUCGAUGAAAAUGCGGUUAUUAUGUUAGAAAAUUUACAAAUUUCAG